GCUGCCUUCUUAUAUACCCCGCGGCCGCCGCGCCAUUCCCCGCACACCACCACUGACCACCAAGGCAGCGCAAGGCACACCUCCCAAACACAGCAGAGCCGGAUCGAUCCGGCGGCCCUCUUGCCAGUGCGCGGCGGCGGCGGCUAGUUCUCGGCGGGCGCCAUGGCGCGUGGGGGCGACAACCUGCAGGUGCUGAGCGCGCUGGACGCGGCCAAGACGCAGUGGUACCACUUCACGGCCAUCAUCGUCGCCGGCAUGGGCUUCUUCACCGACGCCUACGACCUCUUCUGCAUCUCCCUCGUCACCAAGCUGCUCGGCCGCAUCUACUACACCGACACCACCAAGCUCGACCCGGGCUCGCUGCCGCCCAACGUCGCCGCCGCCGUCAACGGCGUCGCCUUCUGCGGCACGCUGGCGGGCCAGCUCUUCUUCGGCUGGCUCGGCGACAAGCUCGGCCGCAAGAGCGUCUACGGGAUGACGCUCAUGCUCAUGGUGCUCUGCUCCAUCGCGUCCGGGCUCUCGUUCGGCAACACCCCCACGGGGGUCAUGGCCACGCUCUGCUUCUUCCGAUUCUGGCUCGGCUUCGGCAUCGGCGGCGACUACCCGCUCUCGGCGACCAUCAUGUCCGAGUACGCCAACAAGCGCACCCGCGGUGCCUUCAUCGCGGCCGUCUUCGCCAUGCAGGGGUUCGGCAUCCUCGCCGGCGGCAUCGUCACGCUCAUCAUCUCCGCGGCGUUCCGCGCCGGGUACCCUGCCCCGGCGUACCAGGACAGCCCCAAGGACUCCACCGUGUCGCAGGCCGACUUCGUGUGGCGCAUCAUCCUCAUGCUCGGCGCCGCGCCGGCCCUGCUCACCUACUACUGGCGGAUGAAGAUGCCCGAGACGGCGCGCUACACCGCGCUCGUCGCCAAGAACGCCAAGCAGGCCGCCGCCGACAUGUCCAAGGUCCUCCAGACGGAGAUCGUCGACGAGCAGGAGAAGCUCGACACGAUGGUCACCUCCACGGGCAACAGCUUCGGCCUCUUCUCCAGGGAGUUCGCGCGCCGCCACGGGCUCCACCUCCUCGGCACCGCCAGCACGUGGUUCCUGCUCGACAUCGCCUUCUACAGCCAGAACCUGUUCCAGAAGGACAUCUUCACCAGCAUCAACUGGAUCCCCAAGGCCCGCACCAUGAGCGCGCUCGAGGAGGUGUUCCGGAUCUCCCGCGCCCAGACGCUCAUCGCGCUCUGCGGCACCGUCCCGGGCUACUGGUUCACCGUCGCCCUCAUCGACGUCGUCGGACGCUUCACCAUCCAGCUGCUGGGGUUCUUCAUGAUGACCGUCUUCAUGCUCGGCCUCGCCGUGCCGUACCACCACUGGACGACGCCGGGCAACCACAUCGGCUUCGUCGUCAUGUACGCCUUCACCUUCUUCUUCGCCAACUUCGGGCCCAACAGCACGACCUUUAUCGUGCCCGCCGAGAUCUUCCCGGCGCGGCUGCGGUCGACGUGCCACGGCAUCUCCGCCGCCGCGGGGAAGGCCGGCGCCAUCAUCGGGGCGUUCGGGUUCCUGUACGCGGCGCAGAACCAGGACAAGAGCAAGGUGGACCACGGGUACCCCGCGGGCAUCGGCGUCCGCAACUCGCUCUUCGUGCUCGCAGGGGUCAACAUGCUCGGCUUCAUACUCACGUUCCUCGUGCCGGAGUCCAAGGGGAAGUCGCUCGAGGAGAUGUCCGGCGAGGCCGACGACGGCGAGGAGGAGGCCGUCGGCGGCCGCGCGGUGCGGCCGUCCCAGACCCAGAUGGUGUAGUAUGACCGUCCGUGGUGAUUGGUGAUACGUGUAGGCCGGUUCACUUGUUUUCGUUUUCCAUGUAGAAAGUCAAACCUGCUGUUUCACAUGGGCAUCUGUUAUUUUUAUCUCUAUAUAAAAUAUAAAAAAGAAAAUAUCAAGUACACAAAUACAUUGGUGAACAUA